AUGAGUGUUCAGCUUGAUCAAUUCGGAAGAAAAUUCCCUGCAAGAGCUCAUGGUAACUUAACUCCUUCAGUUGCCGCUGAUGCUGUAGUUUUUCGCAAGAGGCAAGAUGGGCAGUACGAUGUUUUAUUGAUAAUAAGGGGAGGAAACCCAUAUAAAGAUCACUAUGCAUUUCCAGGAGGAUUUGUCGAUUAUAAUGAAGACCCUCUUCAGGGGUGCUUAAGAGAACUUCAAGAAGAAUGUGGCUUGAUUGGUAAAAACCCAAGUUUGAUAACAGUUGCUGGAGAUCCUCGAAGAGAUCCAAGAGGGCAUGUAGUAAGCAUCGUUUAUAGAAUAGAUGUAGACGAAGACGCAGUUCCUAUUGCCAAUGAUGAUGCUAAGCAUGCUCAAUUUUAUCCUUUGGCAGAAGUUUUAACUUGGCUGGAUAGACUUGCGUUUGAUCAUGCUGAUAUCUUAAGACAAGCAAUAAGAUCGCUUGAAAAUGAUGCGAGAAUUUAA